ACAACAAAUCUGUCACAGGAUUCGAUUAGUGCUGUUUUUGUUAAACGCUAUUUACGUGAAAUCUAUAGGAAAAUUUGCCUUUUCUUUCAAAAUAACUUAAAAGUUUUAAAGUUUAGUUAUGUCGAGUAACUAGUACGAAUUUAAUUGAAACUUUAGACAAGUUUAUUAGAAAAUGACACGAUAACAUAUUGCUGGUGCUGUAAAGUGGAGAACAAAAAAGUAUUUCUUCACUUGUUUGUAGAGAAUAUUAGCCAAACAACGAUGGGAAUAAUGAAAUUGUGAAUAAAAUAUAUCUAUCAAUACUACAUUGCUGGAUGAGUUGAUAAGGGAUUAAUGUGGCUGCUAACGCGCCUUCAAUCCAAAUCAUGUAUUUUGUUAUGGAUUUAUAUUUGAUCGUAUUAUGUCUCCUCGUGAUAUGUAUUAGAGAUAGCUUACAAGGUCCCCACGAAAAGCGAUUGCUAAACAAUCUGUUACAAUCUUAUAAUACACUUGAGCGUCCUGUUGCCAAUGAAUCUGAAUCUCUCGAGGUGAAAUUCGGACUCACUUUACAGCAAAUCAUAGAUGUGGAUGAGAAGAAUCAGAUUCUAACCACGAACGCGUGGUUAAAUUUGGACGAGAAGAAUCAACUACUUAUUACCAAUAUUUGGCUUUCUUUGGAAUGGAACGACUACAAUUUAAGGUGGAAUGAUUCAGAGUACGGGGGAGUGAGAGAUCUGAGGAUAACCCCUAAUAAAUUGUGGAAGCCCGAUGUGCUAAUGUACAACAGUGCGGAUGAAGGAUUCGAUGGUACGUAUCAUACAAACAUCGUAGUAAAGAACAACGGAAGUUGUUUAUAUGUACCUCCCGGUAUCUUCAAAAGUACGUGUAAGAUAGAUAUCACAUGGUUCCCAUUCGAUGAUCAACAUUGCGAAAUGAAAUUUGGCAGCUGGACAUACGAUGGAAAUCAGCUCGACUUAGUGCUGAAUUCUGAAGACGGAGGAGAUCUGUCUGAUUUUAUCACCAAUGGUGAAUGGUAUUUAAUAGGAAUGCCUGGCAAGAAAAACACAAUAACAUAUCAGUGCUGUCCCGAACCAUAUGUUGAUAUCACAUUCACAAUACAGAUCCGACGAAGAACGUUAUACUACUUUUUUAAUCUUAUUGUACCGUGUGUCUUAAUUUCAUCGAUGGCUUUAUUAGGUUUCACACUACCACCAGAUUCUGGCGAGAAGCUCACACUAGGCGUGACCAUUCUACUAUCACUCACUGUAUUCCUGAACUUAGUGGCGGAGACAUUACCUCAAGUAUCUGAUGCGAUUCCUUUGCUAGGUACAUAUUUCAAUUGCAUUAUGUUCAUGGUCGCUUCAUCUGUGGUACUCACAGUUGUGGUUCUGAAUUAUCAUCAUCGAACGGCUGACAUACAUGAAAUGCCUCCAUGGAUUAAAUCUGUAUUCCUUCAGUGGCUGCCUUGGAUUUUACGUAUGGGACGUCCCGGUAAAAAAAUUACACGUAAAACCAUAAUAUUAACGAAUCGAAUGAAAGAACUCGAAUUGAAGGAAAGAUCAUCGAAAUCAUUGUUAGCGAAUGUGUUGGAUAUAGAAGAUGAUUUCAGGCAUACGAGUGGGGGAAUCACUGGUUCAACGACGGCGAUAAGUACAUCUGGUUUUUCCAGACCUACCACAGUGGAAGAGCACCAUUCCAUAUCUGGAUGCUCGCAUAAGGAUUUGCAUUACAUUCUGAAAGAAUUGCAAUUCAUAACAAAUCGUAUGAGGAAAGCAGACGAAGAAGCGGAAUUGAUCAGUGACUGGAAAUUUGCCGCAAUGGUUGUAGACAGAUUCUGCCUUUUUGUAUUCACGUUAUUUACGAUUAUUGCUACAGUCACUGUGCUACUAUCGGCUCCACACAUAAUAGUGCAAUAAUAAUGACUUAAAUUUUGAUAUAAGAACUUGUUAUAUAGGUGAUCUAUUAAAUUUAUAAGAUUUUUUAAAACGAAAAAAAUGUAAAUCACGUUAGCAGUUAAUUAGAUUAUUGAAAUAGAUUGUAAUAAAAAAACGAUCAGUUGAAAACUGCCGACAAAUAAUAAUGAACGACAAACACAAAUUUAAAGCAACACAAAUAAGAAUUGAUUAAUACGUAUGAAUACAUCAAUAAAGAGCAAAUGGUAAAUAUUUUCUAAAAAAAGCGAGUAUAUGGAAUAACGUCGGCUGAUAGAAAAUCGUCGAUAAAAUAAAGCAACUGUUCCUGCAAUCAUUACCAAAGCCCUAUAAAAGCACUGGAGACAAGCCUCUACACAUACAAGCCAAAGAUAAAGGCUAUAUUUUUGCAUCCGCGAUAAUUGAAUUAAUGUUGGGCUCAAGUAAUAGGAAGCCACCAGGAAUAUAUGAGGUUUUCGAAAAUCACUGAAUGUAACAAUAAUCUUAGUAUAAAAUAUCGCGACAGGAAGUAUAGAAUAUAACGUCACUGCUAUGAAGAAUUGAAGAAAACAAUGGCGGGUAAAAUGUAAGGCUAGUUCUUCAAAAAAAUCAAUGAACUAUUGAAAGAGUCAUCUAUAUGUAGAUGGUUAAAUAUCAAAUCAAAUUUUAAAUUUAUAGCGUAUAUGUUUCAGAUAUACGCGAUAAGCAAUUGUUUGUAUUCAGAUUAUAUAAGAUUAGUAUAAAACUUGUUAAAGCGUGGCAUCACAGCGCUUAAGUUUUUUUUAAAUAAGUGGAGUUAGGUUUAUCUAUACAUCAAUUCCAUUCCGUGAGCUUGUUUCAAAGGUACGAAUGGAGUCAGUCUUCAUGGCCUUUUGACAAAUGUUACUGACUAAAAUUCAUAAUAAGAUCCAUUGACGCAUAUUUACCAAUAAAAAUAUUAUUUAACUGUAAAACAAUAAUGCAAUUGAAAUGUAAUACGUUUACGAGUAACGAAUGUGCAAUGAAAUGCAUGUAGAUAUAUAAAUUCACUCAUGAUUUGGAAUCCUUAAUCCUUAAUUUUAUUUUCAACCGACACUGAAAACCUAGAAUGAAACGUUGAAGUGUUAGACGUUUGUCCAUAUUUCGUUUUGGUAUUAUGUUAUUAUUAUUCAAAUGUUGACCUUAAACUUGAAAAGUAUACUCAAAUCUUCAAUAUAUUUUCUCGUUCUAAAAAAAUGCAGCCGAUUCACAUGUCUAACAUAACUUGACCAUAGUUUUUUAGCUGUCAAUAGCUGCAAAUUCCGACUAACAGCAUAUUUUGUGAGUCAACCAAGACCAGCCUCAAAAGAUAAUCAACAAUCUAUCUACAUUCACAAAUAAUAGAAAUGAAACUGAUUCGCGUAAAUAUCAAAAUACGAAUAAUUUCCCAUGAAAUAUAGCAAUCAGAACAUUAUUAUUGAAAGUUGAAUAUCAUAUUGAUAAUUCGUGAACAUAUUCGGAACCUUUCAGUAAUAUGUCAAUCGGGCAUCUAAAAUAUGAAUUAACGGUAUAAAAAUGUUGAAAAAUUUAUAUGCAAGUAAAGUGUUGAGUAUAACGAAAAAAUAAAUCAGUAAAGUGUUUCGAUGAAAUUCUGUUAUUGUUCAAGAUUUUUUGGUCAUCAGUAUGACUUAUAUUUAGAUUACAACGAAACGGAUAUAACCGAACUUUUCGCAAAUUCAGUUUUUGAUUCGCAUUUUAUCGUAUUGGAUUAUGGAAUAUGUCCGAUAGAUGAUUUCAAUUGCAAAGCAUACAAAUAGCUCCGCAAAGCUUUUGACUGUUCCUUAGUUAUUGUCAGUGAUCUUUUAUACUUUCCGUUAUGAUAAACAAAUAUACAUUCUAUAAUCAAUUGAAUAAGACGUUAGUCCAAAUGGAUUUUGCUCAGAUCCUUCAAUGGCCAAAAAAUAAUAAAAUAGAACACCUUUUUCAAAAAUGUAACUGAACUCUAGCGAUUAAAGCGCGUCUUCAAUGUGUCUUCAAUAUUAAAAUUUUCUCUACAAACACUGCUUCCGCAUAAAAGUUUUCGAUGAUGCACCUUCACCAGGAAUUGUUUUUAUUCACGAAUUCUCCUAUAGUGUUCUUAUAUUUACAAUCGCGGUACAACAAGCUCAAGUUUAUCCUUUGUUCUUCAAAUAUUGCCAAUAGAUAACUGGAACAGUUCGUGCGCUAUUCGCCAUUGAAGUCAUCUAUAAAGAUAACGCUAUCGACUUUUUCUAUAACCAAUAUACAGAUACCCAAAAUGAGUUUACUUGAACACAAGCACAAACAAAGUUCCAUGUAUGUCAUACACCGCUCAGAACUGGCUUUAAUGCAUUACAUUUUUGUGUUAUUUUCUAGCAAAGUUGUAUAUGAAACAAUCGAUAAUAUAAGCACAAUAGAGCGCUCUAGAAAUCAUGCUUUAUAACACAAUGUUGUUGAAAAUGGCAUAUGUAAAUAACCAGUGGUAAACGAUCCGAAUAAUUUGGUGUGAAACUAAAUAAAUACAAUUCAAAAUGAAUCAAUAAAUCAUCAUCAAUGCCUGUCAUUUAAAUAUGAUGUUAGCGGAAUUAGUUUCGUCACAUUGACGAUUUUAUUAACUACAAAUAAGAUAAAAGAUGAUUAACGAAAAACAAUUUUUUUGGAAGAAAGAAAAGUUAUUACUAAGUAUUAGUUAGCAAGAAACUAUUUAUAACAGUUAUGUGAAGCAAAAUGUUUUGGAUAAAAUUUAAAUAGUAUUGAAUGUUUGGCUGGUACAAUACAUUAACGCACUGGAUGAUGUAGUCACAGCUCUUAACAUUUGUAUAAAGGUUUAUCUUACAUAAGAACAUAACGUAGUAUAUUUUUACAUGUUUUGUUUAGUAUAUUAUAAUGCAAAUUAAAAUACGUGUAU